GGCCGAUGUGUCUUCUCUCGAUGAAAGCGAAAGUAAACGUGGGGACAUGGAAUGUCCGUACGAUGUUUGAACCCAGUAAGGCAGCCCAGAUUGCAAAGGAGAUGAGAAGGUAUCACAUCGAAGUGCUUGGGAUUUGCGAAAGCAGAUGGAAUGGAAGUGGACUCUCCAAACUGUCAACUGGAGAAUCAAUAAUCUACUCCGAUAUUGUCACCCAGACGCCAACCACGAGCACACUGAGUUAUGGAGUGGCUAUCAUGAUGUCCUCAAGAGCAUCGAAGGCUCUCAUGCAGUGGGAACCAAUCUCCUCCAGCAUCGGGAUCAUGACAGCAAGAUUCAACUCAAAAGGAAGGAAGGUCACAAUCAUACAAUGUUAUGCACCUACAAAUAAUGCAGAGCAAGAGAAAAAGGAGGAUUUCUACAGACAACUUCAAUUAACACUGGACAAGACGUCAGUUGGCGAUAUCAAAAUUCUGAUGGGCGACAUGAAUGCCAAACU